AUGACUCUUAAAAGAAAUUAUUCGUCUGGAUUCGCAAAAAGGAAAAAGAAGAAAAGAGUCAAAAAAUUAGUUGAGUGUCAAAGAGAAGCUAUUGAUAAAUUCUUUAUGAGUGACAAACAAACAGAACAAUCAGUUGAAGACUUGAAUAGUGAAGAAUUUGAAACUUCGGUGAAUAAUGAAAAUGAAAAUUUGGUGGAUAAUGAGAAUGAAAAUUUGGUGGAUGAAAAAGGAAAUGGGGAAUUUGGGAGUGCAGAAGCCAAUCAAGAUGAUGAGAUGAAUACGGAAUUCGAAAGAGGUCCUGUAAGAAGAAAUUGUGAGUUCAACUUUCCUAAGGAUGACUCUUCUAGGCAUAGGCAUUUCUCACCUGUUCAUUACAUUCGGCAUUUACCAAAUGGAGAAAAAUUUGAUAGGACAUGGCUGAUAUACUCGGAACUUUUGGAUAGAGUAUUUUGCUUUUGUUGUAAGUUGUUUAAGCAGGAGGGAAAUAAGACUCAAUUGGCUACCAAAGGAUUUAAAGAUUGGAGAAAUAUUGGUGAGAGACUUAAAGGCCAUGAAAGUGAUAACGAGCACAUUACUUGCAUAAGCAAAUGGAUUGAGUUGGAGGAAAGAUUGGGAAAGCAUCAAACAAUAGAUAAAAGUAUACAAGAACAAGUUUACAAAGAAAGAGAGCACUUGAGACGGGUUUUAUUGAUGAUAAUUGCAGUUGUGAAAACACUUGCCAAGAAUAAUUUGCCUUUUCGUGGAAGCCAUGAGAAGAUUUAUGAAGAGAGCAAUUGA